AUGGGGGAGAGUUCAAGGGCCUCAUCAUCGAAGUUCUUCAUCGCCCGCGCUCGAGAUCGGGACAAUAUCCUCAAGGAGGGGCGGGAAGAAGCCGGAGGCCAGUUCAUGGAGAUGCACCGGAACAAGGCCGUCGUAGUGGCGCACCUUGUACAUCCCAUAGAGUCUUGCAGGAGGGAGAACCAUGCGGCAAUAAAGAAUCAGCUGCAUGCAAUUGACACAAGGAUGGGAAGGAUGGGUUCUGCUGGCCAGAAAAGGCACACUAGCUCACCAGGGACCCAGUCCCAGUCAAACAUCUUCCUUCAUAAUAAACGUCUUCGUCUUCAGUUUCUUCAGCAAGUCAAUGAGUUGAAGGCUGGGAGUGUCACCAAAGAUCUCAAGGCAAUCACUGCCAAACGGCAUGAACUUUUUGGCAUCCUAGAAAGGCUACGACAAGUACCUAUCGAACAGCUUUAUUCCAGCCCACUGCCGAAAGCAUCAGAUUCAAGACUAGAUAACUUUGGAAAAAUUGGGAGCAGUUAUAGUCCAGAUAAUGUUAUUGACUUGGAUGCAGACGAAGACAAUGUUGAAUAUCACACCCAAGUUAAUGCAGGCAACACUGAGGCUGGUUCAACAGCAGCAGUUGAUUCAGUCGACAAGGACAGGGUUAAAUCCUUUGGUGAUGAGAAUUCAUCUUCUAAUCAAAAUGGUAAUUACAUCCAACAGAACCCGCUGCUUGAGCACCCUGUCGAACAUCAGGAAAUCAUCAGGCCGGACAAUUGCAAUAGCAGUACUGAACCACAGGCUUUAGUUAAGCAAGUGAACGACGGCAUGGACAAUGACGAUGUUUCUGCUGAGGCCAAAAAGAUUGUUCUAUUUGACAGCCACAGUUCUUCUGAUCAGCAGCCAUUGAUGAAGCGAGCACGUGGAAACAUAAACACUAAUACUGAGAAUGGUCUUAAAGAGAAAGGAAAGAUUGGAAGAACCAUAGCGAAACAUGUUGGUUCUUACGAAGUAUCUUGUGAAAUUCUACAAAAUGAACCACAGAGCAAUGAGGGUAAUCACAUUGAUAAUGGUAGCCCGGUUGAUGAGCUGGAUGAUCUGUGGAUGGGCAUGUCAGUUGCACUUGCAUGUUCAGAGACCAAUCAAGUUAAUCUGAGUAUAGUUCCAUUUGAGAGUAACUCUGAGGAAACAGAGGAUGCAUGUAACCAUGACUUCCUGUUGAAAGAUGAUUUGGGCAUGGUGUGCCGUAUUUGUGGUCUGAUCCAGCAGCGCAUCGAUAAAAUUUUUGAGCAUUCAUGGAAAAAGCGCAAUCAAGCGUACAGAACGUACCCAAUAAAACAAAGAAACUCUAGUGAUCCAGAUGCAACUAUGAAUGCUCUAGGAACUAUUUUAAGUGUUGCCCCUGAUACUCUGUCAAUGCAUCCUCAACAUUCAGAACAGAUGAAACCUCACCAAGUGGAGGGUUUCAAUUUCUUGAUUAAGAAUCUGGCAGAUGAGGACAGCCCAGGAGGGUGUAUUCUAGCACAUGCGCCUGGUUCUGGAAAGACAUUUCUGCUGAUUAGUUUUGUCCACAGCUUUCUGGCCAGGUACCCUGCUGGGAGACCAUUGAUUAUGCUUCCAAAGGGUAUACUGGGAACAUGGAAAAGUGAAUUUCUCCGUUGGCAAGUUGAGAACAUUCCUUUGUAUGAUUUUUACUCCUCCAAAGCUAGUAGCCGACCUGAGCAGCUGAAAGUUUUGAAAUUGUGGGAAGAAAGCAAAAGCAUAUUGCUGCUUGGCUAUCAACAAUUUGCACAUAUAAUUUCUGACAACUCUUCUGAUAGAGAAACCAUAAUGUGCAAAGAGAAGCUGCUGAGAGUCCCAAGCCUUGUAAUUCUAGAUGAAGGCCACACCUCGAGAAACGACCAAACAGACCUGCUCAAUGCACUUGAAACUAUUCGAACUCCUCGAAAAGUGGUGCUCUCAGGGACCCUGUUUCAGAACCACGUAAGUGAGGUUUUCAAUAUUUUGAAUCUUGUGCGACCCAGAUUCUUGAAGAUGCAAAGGUCACGUGCAAUCAUGAAGAGUAUACUGACUAAGGUGGACAUGUCAGGGAUGGCUAUGCGAUCGAAAACCAUAUCAGAAAAGGUUUUCUAUGAAUUGAUUGAGGAGAAUCUUCAGAAGGAUUCCAAAACAAUGAGGGUGAUGAUUAUCCAGAAUCUACGCAAGCUAACUGAAAAUAUUCUCCACUACUACCAAGGUGAGAUCUUGAAGGAGCUACCUGGACUUGUGGAUUUCACAGUUUUGCUAAAUAUGAGUAGCAAACAGGAAGAUAUCAUCAAGGGUUUGGCAGGACUGAAAAGAUUUGAAGCACAUGCAAAAUGCAAUGCUGUUUCACUUCAUCCAUGCUUAAAGGAUGUCAAGAUUGUUGACAAGAAAAAUAGAAACAUCAGCAAAAGGAUGAUGGAUUCAAUUGUAUGUGGAAUUGAUAUCAGUGAUGGGGUGAAGGCAAAGUUCAUACACAAUCUGUUGUCACUUUCAGAAGCUGCAGGAGAGAAGGUACUUGUGUUCAGCCAGUAUGUUCGCUCUCUUCAUUUCUUGGAAACGUUGUUCAUCAAAAUGAAAGGAUGGAAGCCAGGAGUUAACACUUUCCUGAUGGAUGGCAGUUCAACUCAAGAGCAGCGAGAGCAAGCAAUUGGGAGGUUUAACAACUCACCUGAAGCUAAAGUCUUCUUUGGUUCCAUCAAGGCUUGCGGGGAGGGGAUCUCCCUCGUUGGUGCAUCCCGCAUUGUUAUUUUGGAUGUUCAUGAGAAUCCUGCUGUGAUGCGCCAGGCAAUUGGACGGGCAUUCAGACCGGGGCAGUCCAGAGUUGUGUACUGUUACCGCCUCGUUGCUUCUGGCUCAUCAGAGGAGGAGGAUCACCACACCGCCUUCAAGAAAGAGCGAGUGUCGAAGCUGUGGUUCGAGUGGGAUGAGCUCAGCAGCAACGAGGAUUUUGAGCUGGCCAAGGUUGAUGUUUCAGACUGCAAGGACAUGUUUCUUGAAAGCCCUGCACUACAAGAAGACAUCAAAUCCCUAUUUAAGAGGUGA